GCCUUGACCGUUGAUUCACCCGCCUUGCCACCUCCCCUGGGCCCGCCCGCCCGACAUGACGAUGGAUUUGGCAGAACCCGUUGUUCUGGACCAGGCACGACACAUCCGAUACUGGCGGCGAUGUCUCAAGACAUUGCUCCCUCACCACUAUACGGGCAACGAAAGCAAUCGCAUGUAUCUCGCCUUUUUCAUCCUCUCGGCCUUGGAUUUGCUGGACGCAUUCGAACAAGUCACGAAUCCCCAGGAACAAAAAGACUACAUUGAUUGGAUCUACCAUUGUCAGCACCCGGCUGGGGGGUUUCGGAUGUGGCCUGGUACCGAUUUUGGUCCGUUACGCAAUGAGGAGAAUGCGAAAUGGGACCCGGCCAAUGUGCCAGCGACAUUCUUUGCGCUCUCUGCGCUGCUGGCCGCGGGCGAUGAUCUGGAGAGAGUACGGAGGAAAGAGACACUGAUCUGGAUACGUCAGAUGCAACGACCAGAUGGAUCUUUUGGCGAAACUCUUGUCGAUGGCGAAAUUCAUGGUGGCAUGGACCCGAGAUAUGGAUAUUGCGCGGCGGGGGUUCGAUAUAUCCUGCGUGGCCAGGAGACGGGGACGGUUCAGGUUGGCGGGGUCGCGGUGGAAGAUAUUGAUGUUGAUGGAUUUGUGCGAUGCAUUCGACUGGCUGAAUCUUACGACGGCGGCAUUGCAGAUUAUGCCUACCACGAGCCACACGCCGGCUACGAAUACUGCUCUCUGGGCGCAUUGAACUUUCUCGGCCGCCUUGCCACUCCCACCAGCGGCAAGACAACAGUGGACAACGACGCGCCGAUCCGAGCACCUUCCGACCCCGACGCAACCAUCCGCUGGCUGGUCGAGCGCCAAACCGACCUCGAAGACAUUGAAGAAGAACUCGAAUUCUCCGAAGAAGAGGCACCAGCACCAGCACCAGCACCAGCUCCAUCCUCCACCUCCUCCACAUCCACGGACCAACCUCCCGCGCCCAAAAAACCCAAAACCGACCCUUCCCCCUCAGAUUCCCAGCAAAUCCCCUCCUCCUCCUCCACCACCACCAACCCCCUCCACCAAAGCCCCGACCGCUCCACCCUCCUCCCCAACACAGGCUUCAUGACCCUCUCGCCACCCGACGCAGGCAUGAAUGGACGCACAAACAAAGUCGCCGACACCUGCUACGCGUGGUGGACAGGAGCCAGUUUCCAUUUAAUGCACGCUUCGCACUUGUACUGCCACAGCCGACUUCGACGCUAUCUAUUGGAGAAGACGCAACAUCCGACGUUGGGAGGCUUUGGGAAAUUUCCGGGCGAUUUGCCGGAUUUGUAUCAUAGUUAUUUGGGGUUGGCGGCGUUGGGGUUGUUGGAUGGUGGGGAAGGGGGCGUGCAGAGGGUGGAUCCGGGGUUGUGUGUGAGUCGGAGGGCGAGUGGGAGGUUAAAGGGGAUUUGGGAGGGGUGGAAGGAGAGGGAGAGGGGGGAAGAAGGAAUGAAAUGAAUGAACUGUGAUGAUGAAAA